CACAACCCACUCACCGUGCGAUUUUUGCAGACCGCACAGCUUGAACACGCGCCAUGUUUAGAGGAAACAAAAGGUGUAAAUCCCACUGCUCGGUUGCUGGUUAAAUAACAUAGCUAGCUAAAUAAAAUAAGAAACGAGUAUGAGAAGGGAAUUUUGGGAAGGCUGAUUGGACUUACUGGAGGUUGUUUCAAUGGCUCUUCCAACUGCUAACCAGGUGUCGUUGGGUCGGGAGACUCCCAAACACUAUGGGAUCACUUCUCCUAUCAGCCUGGUCCAAGCUAAGGAGGCUGACCUGGUCCUCACACACAGGCUGACUGAGGCCCUGAAACCGUACGGGGUGUUUGAAGAGGAGCUGGAACUACAGCGCAGAAUACAUGUUUUGGGAAAACUGAACACCCUGGUGAAGGAAUGGAUCCAUGACGUCAGUGAGACAAAGAAUCUGCCUGCCUCAGUGAUUGAGACUGUUGGAGGGAAGAUAUUCACAUUUGGGUCGUACAGGUUAGGAGUUCACACUAAAGGGGCAGACAUUGACGCCCUGUUUGUGGCUCCUCGGCAUGUGGAGAGGACAGACUUCUUCUCCUCGUUCCUGGACAAGCUGAAGGAGCAGGAGGAGGUCAAGGAUUUGAGGGCUGUUGAGGAGGCAUUUGUCCCGGUCAUAAAGCUGUCUUUCGACAGCAUUGAGAUCGACAUCCUGUUUGCUCGGUUAGCGUUGCAAACCAUCCCAAAGAAUCUGGACCUUCGGGAUGACGGGCUGUUGAAGAACCUUGACAUCCGCUGCAUUAGGAGUCUCAAUGGUUGCAGAGUUACAGAUGAGAUCCUUCAUCUUGUACCCAACAUUGAGAACUUCAGACUGACUCUGAGGACCAUCAAGCUGUGGGCUAAACGCCAUAACAUCUACAGUAACAUCCUGGGCUUCCUGGGUGGUGUAUCCUGGGCCAUGCUGGUAGCCAGGACCUGCCAGCUCUACCCCAACGCCGUGGCCUCCACCCUCGUACACAAGUUUUUCCUCGUCUUCUCUAAGUGGGAAUGGCCCAACCCUGUUCUCCUGAAGCAGCCAGAGGACUGCAACCUGAACCUGCCAGUCUGGGACCCCAGGGUGACACCCAGUGACAGGUACCACCUGAUGCCCAUCAUCACACCAGCCUACCCCCAGCAGAACUCCACCUACAACGUCUCCGUCUCCACACGGGCUGUCAUGGUGGACGAGUUCAAACAGGGUCUGUCCAUCACAGAUGAAAUUUUGCAGAAUAAAGCAGAGUGGUCCAAACUAUUUGAAGCACCAAACUUCUUUCAGAAAUACAAGCAUUAUAUUGUGUUGCUAGCAAGCGCCCCUACUGAGAAGCAGCACCUGGAAUGGGUUGGUCUGGUUGAGUCUAAGAUCAGGAUCCUUGUGGGGAACCUGGAGAAGAAUGAGUUCAUAACGUUGGCCCAUGUCAACCCCCAGUCCUUCCCUGGACCCAAGGAAAGCAGGGAGAAAGAGGAGGUCAGCACCAUGUGGGUGAUAGGGGUUAUCUUUAAGAAGAUGGAGACAUCAGAGAACCUCAACGUUGACCUAACCAUUGACAUCCAGUCCUUUACUGACACGGUGUACCGCCAGGCGAUCAGCAGUAAGAUGUUUGAGGCAGACAUGAAGAUCCAGGCCAUGCAUGUGAAGAAGAGACAACUUCACCAGUUACUGCCCAGCCUGGUCAUGCCCAAACGCAGGAAGCACUCUACAGAGGGGCUUCGUCAGAUGAAUGACAGUAGUCUGGACCUAUCGCUGGACAGUGACAACAGCAUGUCAGUGCCCUCCCCCACAGCCUUGUCAGCCGCAGUGCCCACGUCGACCCCAGUGAAGAGUGGCCCACUAGGUCCCCCUCCCAGUCCCAUCGCGGCAGCAGCCAGCCAACCAGAAGUCCAAGCUUCCACUAUGAGUCCGCCAGCGGUGAAGAGACCUGGUUCCCCUAUGCAAGAAGAGAGGAAGAGGUUAAAAUCAGACUCAGAGGAGUCAGCCACUGAGAGACAGACCUCAGGAGACCCCGUCCCCAGCAGCCAGACCACCUCUCCUCCCCCCACCAUGGGUCCCCCAGCGGCCCCCCAAACCCCCUCCCCUCCCGCUACCAUGGGUCCCCCAGUGGCCCACAAGACCCCUAACCAGGAGGUGCUGGAGGAGAAGAGCCCUAAGGAGCACCAGAGGGAGGACCCCUCCAUAGUCCCAGAGACAAAGACAACAGAGGAUAGUGGUGCAGCUAGCGCUGGAGAGGGAGAGGAGGGCACCUCUGUGGAGGCAGAGGUCAAUGAGGACAGUAUAUCUGAGGAGAUGACUGCUUCUGAGGGGGAAGUGAAGAUGGAGGCAAACAUUAAGAGAAUGGUGAGUACGGAUCUGUCUGACGUGCCUCUCUUGCCAGCCAACCCCAUUCCAGUGGUGAAGAACUCUAUCAAGCUUCGUCUCAGCAGGUAGGAGAGGACAGACAGACGCACCAAUCCAGCCUCCCCCGGCCCCCAACCCCUGACCGCUACGGUGGAUGUCCUAAGACCUACUUGUCCUUUGCCACGGAAUGUCCACAGUGCUGCAGACAGACACACAGACAGACAGGGUGGACGCACAGGCGACUAGACAGACACACAGACAACAGACAGCGCUCUCUCGACUAGGGACAUUGUCAGUUGACAUGCAGGGCGUAGUUGCAACUAUCUUCACAAGAGGGCGAUGUUGCCCUUCUACUGGAUUCUCCCAGGCAGCUUCCAACUUCUACCUUACUGGUUAAAUUUACAGUUGUCCCUUAGGCACAGAUCUGGGAUCAGCUUACCUUCCCCUGUGUCUUCACCUUAACCAUUGAGGUAUCUUCAUCCUACUUCUUCCAGAGCUGCUGGAAGGAGUAGAAUGUUGCACAAAGAUGUCACAGUGACUCUGCAGACAGACGUGCUCACGUAGGCCAGUUCUAACCUGUUAUUUCCGGUCUUCUAUAACAGAUUAGAGAUGACUGACUACAGGUUAUGACACCCUGUUCCCUAUAGCAGGGUUAAUAAACUCUGACCCUUACGAGGUCUGGAGCCUGCUGCUUUUCUAUUCUACCUGGUAACUAAUUGCACACAUCUUGGUGUCCCAGGUCUAAAUCAAUCCCCGUUUUAGACUGGACCAAUGAAAAGUGGAACUGGCUUGAAGGCCCUAUAUAGUCCACUACUUACAACCCUGGUCAUUAUAUAAAGGGAAUCGGCUGCCAUUUGUGUUUCAGUCUAUAAUCCAUGGGCAGGUAAUCGCUGUCUGUCAGGUAACUGUUGGGAUAUGAGGUGGCCUUCAGGGUUUACAGGUAGUGUAUGAGGGAACACCUCAUAAAGAUGUCCACGCUGUCAUCACGUGCAGCUGUAUGCUUGCUAAUGGAACUACAUCAGGUUUGUGUACAUGUACAACACAAUAACUUUGACCAAAAAAAAAAAAAACGAAUAUCUCCGAAUGUCUCUGUGAACAGGAUGGUGUAGUUUCUCUGUCUAGGAUGCAUGUUUAUAAUCUAGAGAUGACACAGAGGAGUUAAGAGUUUAGUCAUCUUUCUACAUUCACGCUAACGUUCAGAUUAUCUCUGAUUUAUGUCCGAGGACUGCUACAGUAAGAGAGGGUAGUAGCAGAGUGCUGUAGGCCGAGUGUAGAGUAGAGACGUGGUCUGGUGUCUGACUGGAAGCAUUCAGAUAUAAAUUGUAUUGAAUCAAAAUGAUUAGAAUGGGCAUAGAAUCUAAAUUUGUUCUAUGUGUACAUGCAUUGUACAGUAACCAUUAGUGUCUGUCUUGUACAAUAACAUGAUGAAAAACAACGCUUUUCUUUUGCUUAGAAUAUAAAAGGACUUGAGCUUUCGCCUUGGUGAAUUAUUAUUAUUUUUGCUUAAAAUGGUGCAAUUUGAAUCAAGAUAAUUAUUCUAACAUUACAUAGAGGGUUUAGUUCAAAAGACCAAUUGUCUUUGUUGCUUAUUCAUUUUGGAUUUGCUUGUUCACAUCGUAGUGGAUGUGGACUUUGUGGGAAUAGUCAACUGGUUUAAAACUUGUUCGUAGGGUUAGCAAACAAAGUAACAGAUCUUUUUUUUUUUUUUUUUUUUUAUGUUUUAAAAACAAUGUGUCCUGACUUUUAACAUUUUAACUUUCUCAAUAUUUUCUAGAUGUAUUAACAAAAUGAUACUUUUGUUUGAAUUUGUUUGUGCUAAUCGUGUGGACUUGUAUGGUGAUGAUGAAUCUGAAGACCACGGUCAACCUACAGUGUGUUAAUCAACAUGUACAGAUGUUUCUCUUCAAUGACUACCAUUUAAAUGUUCUGUCCCCUGUUCUUACAAUGCUCUUUUUCAGUUGAACGGUUUUUAUUUCUUAGGUGUAUUUGUAAGGAUGAGAGGUAUUGUACUUUUUUUCACAAAUAAAGGUCUACCUUGUUGCGAA